UCUACUGCCUUUCAGUUUUAGUAUUAGUCACCGUGUCAUGUUCAAGAGGAACACAACGACCAUAGGAAAAGCUAACACUUCUGUUACCAGAAAGUGAUCUAAAAUGGCGAUUGUUCCGGAACUGCUGCUGGGGAGUUUUCAGGACCUGGAUUCAGACGAGCUGAAGAAAUUUCAGUGGUACUUAAAGGGGCAUGUUUUGGAUGAAUUUCAUAGCAUCUCAAAGAGCCAGCUGGAGAAUGCUAACAGACAGGGCACAGUGGAUAAGAUGGUAGAGAGUUACAGCAAUGAGGGAGCUGUGCGAAUGACACUGGAGAUCCUGAGGAAAAUGGGCCUGAACAAUCUCUCAGAAAAUUUAGAGAAGAACUACAGAGCAGCCAUCUCUCGGAAGCGGGUCUGGAAGCAGGCUGAGAGGGAUGAACUGAAUGAGGAGGUCCCAAGCUGCUCAUAUGAAAUGUCAUCUUUGUCUGAUGGGAAGCGUGGUCGUCUGAUGUCUAUGACCUCUCGGCUGGGGGAGGAGCUGGAUUAUCUGGACAAGAAGACACAGGCUGAGUGGGAUGAGCUGAUCAGCAACUCCUCUGGAAUGUUGGCCCCGUCUAGGGUGGGGCAUAAUCAACUGGAGAUCACUAGGCUGAAGGAGAAGCAGAAGGAACUGAUAAUGAAGGAAACCCACCUUGUUGAGUGUAUGAUAGUGUUUUUUCUGCAGCGACUAAAUGAAGUAAAGCUGCAGCAGUUUCAGUGGCACCUGACUAAGGGGAAGUUGGAAGUCUUCGAUCCCAUCCCAAAGGACCAGCUGAAGAAAGGUGACACGAAAGACACAGUGGAUAAAAUGGUGGACAAGUACAGUCCUGGCGGAGCUGUGAGGAUCACAGUGAAGAUUCUGAGAAAGAUUAAGCUGAACGAUCUCGCUGAUGAGUUAGAAAAUAACUACAGAGAAGCAGAGGGAGCAAAAGGACAUGUUAAUGGGGAAAGUCGAUUCCUCCACUCAAACUCUGGCCACCUCUCUCCACCUCACCAUCAAAGCUCAGAAUGGAUGCCGCCAAUCUAAUGUUGUUGGAAAUAUGAGCUUCAGUGUAAUUUAGAUUUUUUAAAUGCUUUUGAUUAUUUAUAUUUCAUAAUUAUGUGUUUUAUAAGACAGACGAAGAGCAUUACAUUCCUCAGUUAACAACUUAGGUGAUCAAAGCAACAUCUUAUCACACAAUCUUAUGAGCUGAUCUGGUGUCUAACUGUUGGACACAACCACUACAUUUUUUAUGAAGAUGUACAUACACUAUCUACUGGCAGUAAAAGUGUUGCAUAUGUAAA